UAAUUAUUCGGUGUUGCAGCUUAAAUAAGAGCGUAAAUUUUCCAGUGGUUGAUUGAGCCAGUUUCCGAUUAACUCCCGUUGUAUCAAAAUGGCAUCUAAGCGCUUGAGUAGAACUGCUUCUUCUGCUAUCACAAUGGCCACCAAGCGCUUGACAUUCGUAACUGGAAACCAUAAUAAAUUGAAGGAGACCAAGCAUAUUUUAUCUCAAGGAACGCCAAUAGAAUUAGACUCGCAAGACCUAGAUAUACCCGAACUGCAGGGCACCACCCAAGAAGUCGCCAUAGCAAAAUGCCGUCGUGCAGCUGAGCUGCUGGGGAAGCCAUGCAUAACGGAGGAUACCUCAUUGUGCUUCGUAGCGUAUAACGGGCUACCUGGCCCAUACAUCAAGCACUUUAUGAAAACACUCGGUCACGAAGGCUUGAAUAACAUGCUCGUAGGAUUCCCGACGAAAGACGCGUAUGCACUCUGUACUUUCGCUUAUAGCGCUGGUCCGGGCACUGAGCCGAUCCUCUUCGAGGGCCGCACAGACGGUACCAUCGUCCCUGCAAGGGGACCAGGCGAUUUCGGGUGGGACCCCAUCUUCCAACCAAAAGGUUUUGAUCAAACCUACGCCGAAAUGAGCAAGGAACAGAAGAAUGUCAUUUCUCACCGAUACCGUGCACUGGUUAAACUCAGGGUAUAUUUGGCAACCCUCAAUGCUGAGAACAACUUCUAGAAAGCUGCUUCUUUGCAGGGUAGUCAGAAUCCAAUAUACAAUUGGCUGUGCGAUAAGAUAUAUCUUACAUACAUCUGGAGUUCUUAGAUCCGAAUCCCUGACUUGUAGUAAAAAUGAUGUACAUUCUACUUCAAGUAUCACUUCAUGGGCGCAAAUUUGAUAGGGUCCAUGUCAUUAUAGGUCAGCGUGCUAUUACAUAGCUUCACAUGCUA